AUGGCUGUCGCGGCCUGUCUCGCACGCUUCCGCGAGGACUAUGACCGCCGGAGGGGGACCUCUCUGGAGGACCCGCAGCGGGCCCACAAAGCCCUCCAAGCCCAGAAGGCCGCGCUGGCCAGGCUUCGGGACCCGAACUCAAGGAGUUGCGAUGGUGUCAAGUCGCAGCCAGAAGGAGAGCAACCGCAGGAAUCGGCCUCCGUCCAAGAGAGCGUGCAGUCGUCGCCGAUUCACUUCAAGUCGAAGGAGGAGCUCGACGUGAUGCGGAAGGAGAUGCGUGAAGCGCAGCGAAUGAAAAUGCGCGAGACAGCGCGUGCUCGUGCCGAGAUGGAAGUAGACUGCCCGAUUUUCCUCUCCCAAAGAAUGCGGAGAAUGCUGGCAUCCAUCCUGAAGUCUCCCCUGUCUGAACCAGCAGUGGGGGAGUUUGAUUCUUCGGCGUUGGAGGAGAGUGUCGCCAAAGCCAUUGCGGCACUCACCUUCAAUCACAACCUACCUCCUUCCUACGUCCAGUACUUCCUGAACUCAGCACCCGAGCUGUGGAAAGGACAGCAGGAGUCUCAUGAUGAGCAAGUGUACAGUUGCAUCCUUGAGCGAGUUCAGCGAGAACUUCGCGAGGAUCCGCCGCCGAACGUGGACACCAGUCCCAGCCCGGAGGAUUGUCUGCGAAACUUGCAGGCAGCUGUUGUCAGCCUCAAGGCCUCCGAGAACGGCACUUACGGGACCGGCGCGGCGCACAACGAGGAUGUCGUCCGGCAACGCAGGGAGUCCGCGAUGCCCAAGGCCUGGUUCGGACCAGAUGGCAUGGACGAGGAUCUAUACACGUUCAAGCGUGUCAUGACGAAUAAGCUCCCCAUCGCUCAGCACAAGACUGAAAUAACGGAGCUGAUCAGGGACAAUCAGAUCGUGCUUAUUCAGGGCGAGACAGGGUGUGGCAAGACGACACAGGUGCCACAGUACAUCCUGGAGGCAGCACUCCGCAUGCAGGCGGAGGCGAAGCGUCCGGAAACAAAGACGACUGACUUGCGGCGCCCUGUUCGAAUCGUGGUCACGCAGCCCCGGCGGAUCGCGGCCAUCACGGUGGCAAAGCGCGUGGCCGAAGAACUGGGGGAGAAGGUUGGCGAGGGGGUCGUCGGCUACAAGAUCCGCGGCACGACCGUGGCCUCCCCAAAGUGCAAGCUCCUUUUCUGCACCACCGGCGUGGUCCUGCGACGACUGGCAAAUGAAGGCUCCAAGUUCAUGUUCAGUCCGAAGACGGUCACCCAUCUGCUAGUGGAUGAGGUGCAUGAGCGAGGGGUUGAGACGGAUUUCAUGCUCACCUUCCUUCGCGAGAUCCGCGCCAAUCGUCCGAACCUUCGUGUUGUGCUGAUGAGUGCCACUAUGGACACGGAGUGCUUUCUGAAGUACUUCAGUCUGCCGGUGAAGGUUGCUGCGGUGGGUGGCGAAGCUUUGAAACAGCCGCCGAUGGUUGUCUGCCCGGCAUUCUGCCACCCGGUAGCUGAGUGUUACAUGGAGGCCAUCAACACUCGGCUAGGCCGCAACCGGUCUCCCGAAGCGAAGAGUCCAGAUGAGCUGCGGAGAGAGCACACCGAGAUGUCGGAGAGCGAUGGCAUUGACUAUGAUCUCAUCCUAAAAAUUGUGGAGGAGAUCGAAACCUCCCCGGAGGGGGCCUGGACCUUUGCGCCAGAGUCCAUGCGAGCAGCAGUCAAGGACCCCCACCGUGGUGCCGUCCUCGUCUUCCUCCCGGGGCUCGGGGAGAUCACCCAGCUGAUGUCCAAACUGACAGAUGACAGCACCAUGUCAUCAAAGUGGUGGGUGUUGCCACUUCACGCAAACCUUCCUCCGGAGGAGCAGCAGCAGUGCUUCAGCACCUCGCUGCCAGCAGGUUGCACGCGGAAGAUCAUCUGCUCCACCAACGUUGCAGAGACGUCUGUGACGGUGCCUGACGUAACCGUGGUUAUCGACACUUGCCGAGAGCGUCGGAACCAGGUGGAUCGGCACAGCAACACGCCGAUGCUCCGCGAGCAGUGGUGUGCCUUGGAUUCGCUGAAGCAGCGGCGCGGCCGCGCUGGCCGUGUCCAACCCGGCGUUUGCUUGCGGCUUUUGCCUGAGAGGCACCUGGAACGCUUGGAUGCCGUGUCACCUCCGGAGAUGCAGCGCGUGCCUUUGGAGAACGUGUACCUUCAGGUCUGCGCAAGUGGCAUUGCUGACAGGCCUGGCUUCCUGGCGAAGACGCCCGAUCCACCCGACGAGCUUUCCGUGCUCUUUGCGGAGGCAGCGCUGCGGGACCUCGGAGCGCUCGACCCGUUGCAGCCUGACGGGCUCACGCCGCUGGGUCGCCACUUGGCCGCCCUGCCGUGCCACCCCCGCCUGGGCAAGAUCCUGGUGCUCGGCUGCCUGCUUGGCGAGCCCAGCCCCUGUUUGAGCAUCUGCGCUGCCAUGUCCGUGCGAAAUCCAAUGAUGACGACGCAGGACACAAGCAAGCGGGCAAGCUGGCAGAGUGCAAGGAUGGAGAUGGUGGCCGAGAUCGGCACCCGAAGUGACCACUGCGCGUGGGCUCACAUCGUGCAAGAGUGGCGGUUUGGUGACAUGAAGCAGCGCGAGCUUUGCAAGAAGCUGGGCUUGUCCUUCGAGCGAAUGGCCUCAUCCAUGUUCGAACGCCGGCAUCUGCUCGAGUCCUUGGUCCAGGUGGGGCUUCUUCCUGGGAACUUCAAGGACUUGGAGUGGGAGCAGAAGAACAAGGUUCCAAACUGGAAUCUCGUCCGCGCCGCGGUGGUGGGGGGCCUAUACCCCAACAUCAUCCACGUCUCGCGGCAGAUGCCGAAGUUCCAGAGCUCCACCAUGAUGGACAAGGCCAAGUACCUCACCUACCAGGUGCUACAGAGGCACGUGAAGAUGGAGCAGCAAUCCUAUCCGAAACGCCUCAACUUGCACCCCAACUCACUGAUGUUUGGCCACGACCAGUUUCAUUGCCCUUGGCUGGCCUACUACACCAUUCAGCAGACCAGCAAGCUGUACGCCUAUGACGUCUCGGAGGUGAGCCCCUUUGCCUUGCUCCUCUUUGGCGGCGAGCCCGUGUUCAACCAUGGUCAAAUCGAGGUGGGCGGCUGGGCCACCUUCAAGUGCAAGGGCGGCAAGCAGCUCGUGCCACUCUUGAAGGCUGCCCGGUCAGCCAUCCAGGAGGUCCUGGAGAGGAAGCUGGAGGACUUGAAGUUCGAUUUGAGCAGCUCGAAGGAGCUGCGUGCUUGCAUCGAGCUGCUCAAGUGCAACGGCUUAGGCUUCCGCACGAAGGACCCCGCCGACAUCGUGCGCUGCGGCGAUGGGCAGGACCGUGACUUUAACGAGUUCGAGAAUGAGACAGCUUACAUGACGCGGAAGGAUGAUGAGCACCAGGAGCGCAUGAACCAAGUGUGGGCCGACGCGAAGAAGCUGGCGGAGCCGUAG